AUGUCCAACUCAUGUCCAACUCAUGUCCAACUCAUGUCCAACUCAUGUCCAACUCAUGUCCAACUCAUGUCCAUCUCAUGUCCAACUCAUGUCCAACUCAUGUCCAACUCAUGUCCAACUCAUGUCCAACUCAUGUCCAACUCAUGUCCAACUCAUGUCCAACUCAUGUCCAUCUCAUGUCCAACUCAUGUCCAACUCAUGUCCAACUCAUGUCCAUCUCAUGUCCAACUCAUGUCCAACUCAUGUCCAUCUCAUGUCCAACUCAUGUCCAACUCAUGUCCAACUCAUGUCCAACUCAUGUCCAUCUCAUGUCCAACUCAUGUCCAACUCAUGUCCAUCUCAUGUCCAACUCAUGUCCAACUCAUGUCCAACUCAUGUCCAACUCAUGUCCAACUCAUGUCCAACUCAUGUCCAUCUCAUGUCCAACUCAUGUCCAACUCAUGUCCAACUCAUGUCCAACUCAUGUCCAACUCAUGUCCAUCUCAUGAAGAAGCCCAGAGGCACUAUGGACUUGUCCCAUCUGGAGGGAUGGAGCUGGAGAACCAGAGGAACUGGCAACCGAACUCAACCAUGGGAGAAGAGGCUGCUGAGGAGAUGUCACAACACUCGACCAGGGGUGUCCACACAUCUGAGUGA